GCGGUGGCUGCAAGAACGAACGCGAGAGUCAGUGAUAGCGAGGAACAGUCAUCAGGAACGAUUCUUCAAAAAAGCCAGGAACUCUGGCAGACUAAGGAUACUUUGAAGAAACGGCGGCGGGAGUCCGAUGGAGUUCAAUGUGCAGUGCUUGAACUGUGGGUGUGAACUAAGAUGGGUUUAUGUGAUAGGGCAGUGCCACAGGCCUCAAAAUGGGAUGGUAUUCACAGCUCAGGGGGUGAUAAUGACGAUAAUAAUGAUGAUGCUGACAAUAGUGAGAUUGAGGUCAACAGUGAUGAUGAGGACAAUCAUGGUGAUGUGAGUCACUGGAAUCAGAAGACUGAGGAUGGAGAUAAGGAAGGUGAUAAUGAAUCGUUGAAAUCGGUGCAAUCACCUCAACAUGGUGAUAGUGAUCAUGGGGAUGAUGGUGAUGAUGAUGAGGAUAAUGCUGAUCUGAAUUGUUGGAAUCAGAAGACUGGGGAGGAAGAAAGGGAAUAUGAGAACGCAGGUCUGGGAGCUGUGGGCGGUACAGUCGUCCAUUGGGAUAAGAAGAAAAGUGACGCCAAGAGAAUGGAUUUCAAAGAUUCCAAGCACAUGAAAGGCAGUGAGCAGAAGGAGGGUGAAGACAACAUUCCUAAGAGCCCUGGCAACCCUUUCGGCGGAGUUCUGUGUGAUGUAACGUCAUCCAGUGACACGGAGACUGUCGAGGAGCAUGUUGCACAUUUGGACAAAGUCCUCAGCCUCCUGCGACAGCACAAGUUCAAGAUCAACGGUGAGAAGUGCGAGUUUGGCUGCACCCGUGUCUUGUACUUGGGUCAUGAGAUAUCCAUGGAUGGGUUGAAGCCCGAUGACGCGAAGGUGGGCAGCAUUCGUGAUUGGCCACGUCCUCAGUAUAUGACUGAGAUGAGAUCUUUCUUAGGAAUGACAGGCUACUAUAGGACUUUCGUUAAGAACUAUAGCAUAGUGGCCGCUCCUUUGGCUGAUCUGACCCGCCCUGACACCCCAUGGGAGUGGACAGAUGAGUGCGAGGCUGCUUUCAGACAUCUGAAGCAUGCGUUGACGCACUACGAGGUCUUGAAACUUCCUGAUCCUGACAAGCCGUUUAUAGUCACCACGGAUGCCAACCAGUACGGCAUUGGCGCCGUGCUUGCGCAGCAGGAGGGGCCAAAGUUGAGACCUGUAGAGUACAUGUCCAAGAAAAUGCCGUCUCAGAAGUUGGCUAAGUCCACCUAUGAGAAGGAACUCUAUGCGGUGUACAAGGCUCUGACCCAUUGGAGGCACUAUCUCCUUGGGAGGUUCUUCAUCCUCAGGACUGAUCAUCAGACCCUGAGAUGGAUGAGAACUCAGUCGGUGCUCUCUGACGCUCUCAAGUGUUGGAUCGAAGUCAUUGAGCAAUAUGACUUUGACCCUCGGUAUCUGAAAGGGGAGUACAACAAGGUUGCAGACGCCUUAUCGCAAAGACCUGAUUUCUCAGGUGCGCUGAUUACUGAGUUUGAUCUGACGGACAAUGUUACUCAGUCCUUGGUGGAAGCCUAUCGCGAGGACCAGUUCAUGUCUGAGAUCAUACGCAGACUCCAGGCAAAGGACAAGAAGACCUCUGUCGAGUUUGAAUUGGUCAAUGGCUUGCUGUUCCUUGAGAAGGUAGGGAAUAAACGAUUGUGUGUCCCUAAUAGCGAGUCUUUGCGUAGUUUAUUUUUAGGUGAAUGUCAUGAUGCCACCCAUCAUUUUGGGUAUAAAAAGACCGCAGCUAAGCUGCUGCAGCGAUUCUGGUGGCCCACAAUGAUGCAAGAUGCUCAGCUGUACGUGGAGACGCGUCAAGUUUGUCAGAGAGACAAGCCACGUACACAGGCCCCUCUUGGGCUCUUGAAGCCGCUUCCAGUUCCGGAAAAGCCUGCUGAGAGUCCGUCCAUGGAUUUCAUGAAUACUCUAAUCACCAGCAAGAGUGGAAUGCGCUAUAUCUACGUCAUUGCGGAUAGAUUUAGUAAGUUUGCUAGACUAGUAGCGAUGCCGGCAACAGCUAAAACGGAGUACGUCAUUAAGAUGUUCAAAGAGAAUUGGGUUAGAGAUUUUGGGUUGCCCAAAUCCAUAGUGAGUGACAGGGAUGUCCGAUUUACCAGUGAGUUGUGGAAAGCCGCUGCUGCGGAACAGGGGACCCAAUUGCAAAUGACUUCUGGGAAUCACCCAGAGUCCAAUGGGCAAGCCGAGCAACUGAACCGCGCUGUUCAACACCUGUUGAGGCAUUACAUCAAGCCCAAUCAGGUGGACUGGGAUGAGAAGCUUGCUCUCAUCGCCAGCUUGUACAACAACGCUGUACACAGCGCCACCGGGGUGAGCCCAAACAGCUUACUGCUAACUUUCAAGCCCAGACUGCCCUUAGACUUUCUUCUUCCUGAGAAUCAGACCAUUGCUGCACCAGGUACCUUAGAAUUUGCUUAUCGGUAUGAAUAGAAGAUGCAGCAGGCUCUAGAACAAAUGCAGAAGGCACAG